AUGGGCAACGUGGAGCAUCUCGCGAGGGUGGUCACAGGCAAUGACUGUGCCAGUGGUCGUUACACCGAUGCUGGGGAGUGCUGUAAAAUGUGCCCAGUGGGCAGCGGCAUGGCAUUGGACUGUGGGCAGGAAAACACGCGAUGCCAGGCGUGCCAGGAUGGAGUGACGUUCUCGGACUCUGAGGGCCUGUCUCGUUGUCGUCCGUGUGGUCGUUGUCCGAGGUCGAUCGCUACGCUGGCGGUGUGCACGGCGGAGCGGGACACUCACUGUGACUGUGGGGAGGGCUUUUAUCUGUGGAGGGAGAGGAACAGUACUGACGGCCUGUGUGCCCCCUGUACGCUGUGUGAGCGGGGCCACGGCGUGGUCUGGCCCUGCGGCGUCCGGGGAGACACUCAGUGCCAACCGUGCCCCCCGGGGACAUACUCAGAGAAACGCAGUAUCGCCCACACCUGCCAGCCAUGCUCCAGGUGCCAGGACAACGAGGUGGAGAUCAGAGCCUGCCAGCCCAACUCAGACACACUCUGCAUGGAAAAAGACCUGCAAAUUCUCUCCCGCCCCUCUGGUUCUGACGGCCCAAAGGAGCUUCCUCAUCGGCCAGUCCUGGAGGAGGACGAGGGCGGGAAGACUAGCCCCGCCCCAGGCUCAAGCAACCCCAGAAACAACCCCCAUGAUGUGGAUCAGGGGGGCAGCAAUAACCUGGUGGUCUAUGUCUCCGUGCUGGCCGCGGUGGUCCUGGGUUUGCUGCUGUAUGUGGCCUAUAAGUGUUGGAAGUCGUGCCAGCAGAAGCAGGCGCUGGGAAAGGCCCGUGUGGGAGAGGUCAGUACUCCGGCAGAGGGAGAGAAACUGCACAGUGACAGUGGAGUGUUCCUGGACUCUCACAGUCUCCAGGACAACCAACCCAGCAAAGGGGGUAAGAGAGACAGUAAACAGGACAUCCUGUAUAUGAAUAUACCACCACACCGGCAGGAGGAGGUUGAACAAGCACUGAUGGAGGGCGGGGGGCGCGGCUGGAGGCAGUUGGCCGUCGCUCUAGGUUACGAGCAGGAGCGGGUCGACGUGAUUGGCCGUGGCCAGGACCCCGUUCACACGCUGCUUUCUGAUUGGGCGCUGCAGGAAGGUGCGACUUUGGGUGUGCUCUGUGCGGCACUGGCCCGUAUCGAGCGGUCAGACGUGGCCGGCGUUCUGACCGCGCCCGCUCAGGGCGUCUCCGUGGUCUAA